UAAGACUUCGCUGCUCGUUUUUUUAUCUUCCUUAUUUUUCAUUUUUAUUUACCAUAUCGUUUUUAUUUAUUUAUUUUUUUAUCUUCUUCUCUUUGGGAUCCUGAAACUUGUUCCAAAAGAGUCUGUGAAUCCGAUCGAGAGCGUUCGUUCUCUUCGAAGCAGAGGUUUCAGGGAAAAGAAACCAAGGCGGCGACGACGAAGGCGAACACGACCUUAGAAUCUUCAAUCGGAGAACACAAGCAAGCUAGCAAAGGGUUUUUGUUAUUUGAUACUUGCGAUGUUGAUGCUGCUAUGGAGAUGUUAAUAGAGAAGCUUCAAAGUCUGAUCUGGAGUUUUACAGGCGUAAUCUAGGUUUGAAGGAGUGAAGAGAAAUGGCGUCGUCGUCCAAUUCUCCGUGCGCCGCGUGCAAAUUUCUUCGGCGGAAGUGCACACAAGAAUGCGUGUUUGCGCCCUAUUUCCCACCAGAUCAGCCAACAAAGUUUGCGAACGUGCACAAGGUUUUCGGCGCAAGUAACGUUGCCAAGCUCCUCAACGAACUCAACCCCUCACAAAGAGAGGACGCCGUGAACUCCUUGGCGUAUGAGGCAGAAGCGAGGCUUCGUGAUCCCGUGUACGGCUGUGUGGGUCUUAUCUCAAUCCUUCAACACAGGCUGAAGCAGGUCCAGCACGAUCUCACUAACGCAAAGAAGGAACUCGCAAACUACAUAGGCCCAGCUGCGAUGCUCCCUCUGAGCCAUCAACACCCGCACCACCAGCUCCUGCAUCCGCACCACAACCCUUCUUCCAACACAGGACCCUACGGAAUGUCACCAGUAGGAUUGGGUAUGCCGGCAGCACAAGCGCAAGCACAGGCCCAGCUAUUAAUGAGAGAGCAGCAGCAGCAACAGCAGCACCACCAGCAGAUGCUGGAAGCACAACAUCUAGCCGCCGUUGUAGCUGCUAGAGAGCAACAAGAAAUGAUGAGAAGCUACGCACAGCAACAGCAACAGGAGGAGCUUGUCAGGUUUAAUGGAGGCUAUGAUGGGACUGCCGCUGGGGGAGGUGGUGGUUUUAAUCAGAUGAGCACCGCGUUACCUUCUUCCUUGGCUUUGGCUCCAUUCGAUAACCCAUUUCAGAUCCCACAACCGCAACAAGAACACCAGCAUCAGCAUCAUCAACACCAGAGAGCAGGGAGCGAUGAGAUUAAGAAUGUUGAUCCGUCUUCUUAAACUCGGGUCUUCAUCUCGUCUCUCGUUCUCUGCCUGUCAUUGAUUUUCCUUUGUUCUCGGUACGCUCUCUCUCAUAUGGUUUGCACGUGUGACAAGCGUGCGUGCAAACAAAAAUCCGGAAUAAUUGGACGUUGCAUGUGUGCAUCAUUUCAAUUUGAUUGACCAGAAAAGCCCCAUAAAAUGUUGCAGGUCAGAAUAUUAAUUAAAAACCGCAAAAAAAUAUUGCAAAUAACAUUGCUCAAAUUAGUUUCUCUUUCAUUUUAAAAAACAUUUAACGAGUACUCCGUGUUUAACUAGAAGAAGAAGAAAUGGUGGAUUGCUUGUGGGAUUUAAAUUUAUUUUAAAAUGUCAAUUAGACUUCAUUUUUUUUUCAUUUUUUGUUCUUAUGAUUUUCAUAUACAACGAAUGAUGCCAAAACAUACAAAAACGUUGAAGCUAGGGGAGGUUUUGCAGUCAGUAUUCAGUAAUGUUGGUCGCUUGGUUCAGUGCUCAGACCUCAGAGGUUCCGUAGACAAGAGGUGGUGGUUGUUUUUCUCCUCUCUUUUUGCCCUUUUGAUCGUAUCAUCAUCUUUAAUCUACUAGAAGAUCGCCCAAGCGAUUAUAAGUCCAAUUUCGCAAUCAUCACGUUGCCAGGCACACCCUUUGGGGUUUUGUCCCUUCUCUUAUCUUCAUCUGGAGUAGAGUAAUUGUUCUGAUUCCAUUUAUUUCGGUAUUUAAUUAGGCAAUCUUUUUCUUUUUUUUCUUUUUAACUUUUCUUGAAAAGUCUCCUCAAAUUACUGAGGCCUGAGAAACACGUUUCUUCUUUCACCAAAUGAAAAAGACGGGGAAAAUUGAUUUUCUUCUCAUUUAAAGAAUCGUAUUAGACUGAUUUAACUGUGUUUUUUUUUUUCUCUCUCUGACGAAUUGAUGGGGGAGAUGGAAUGGAAAAUAUGCUGUACUGAAAUUUUGUCAAAGUUGAACGGCCCCAUAUCCGUAAUCAUCAAAGACAAACGAAGAAAUAAAAUUGAAACCAACAAACGACCUGGAGGAGAAGAAGAAGAAAAAGAAGAGCUCAGACGCAUCUGAUAAGAGGACGAGGAAGCACAUCAUUUUGAGUUUUACCUGUUUCUUCCUUCGACCUAGUUGAAGGAAAGAAGGAAGAUGAAGAUUGAAUAGCAUAUUUUCAGAGAAGCAUUAUUAAAAGAGAAGCCUGGUGUCGAUCUCCUUACGUCAAUGGCAGCUAUCUUUUUAUUCUUCUUCCCUAUCUUCUCAUCUAUCGUAUAAAACUUAACUUAAGCUGGUAUAUGGUAGGAUUUUUGAGUAUCAUCCUAAUCUACAAUUCCAGUUCUUUUGUUACUGUUUUUCUUAUUUACAUUUUUGCUAUUGAACUGUAAGUCUUUAGAAGUGUAAGGGAAGUGUGAAGUACAUAUAUUUAUAGCAGAAUCGCAGAUGUAGUGAUACUCUUUCCUUUUUCUCGUAAUGAAUAUCGGAAACUCUUUUUAUUCCUUUUUCC